AUGGAUUACUCAAGAGCUAAAUCGCCGAAUAUUGGAAAUGUUUUGAACGCGCGGAGACUCGCACGAAGGAAGUUACAAAGAAGCGCGAUAAGAGAACGGGAAAAGCAAGAAAUAGAGAAAAAGGUAAAUAGAAAAUACAAUGUCAUUCACCAAAUACGUUCGACUUCCAAUCUGCAGUCAGCUCUCGAUCAGAACCGCUUACAGAAACACCGAACGUCCUUAUAUCAAUUAUUUUUUUUUUGUUUUAUCGAUGCGAACUUUUGAAACGAAGUUGAGGGCAAAAGAUUCGUAAUCAGAGAUGACAUACCCCAUGUUGCGGUCGGGUACGCCGGCUUAAGUAUUUCUAAAUUAAAAAAGGACUGUUUAUCAAUAACACCACAGUUUGUUGCCAGUGUUGAUACAAAAAAAAAAUUGAAAUUUCCUCACAUCAAAUGUAUUCAAAACAAAUACCCUUUUAAAUGACUGAAAAAAGAAUCUUAUUGCAUGCAAUUUAAUUUCAUAUCAAAGAUGUAUUUUCGUCUAUACAUUUGUAGAAUCCUCUAUUCUCUCGUUGUCUAAGUAACCUAAACCCAAAGUAAGUUUCACAUUUAAUACCGUUUGGAAAAAAUGACUCUCGAAUCACAAAUUAUGCACAACACUACAGGUAUGAGGGAGUCCUGACUAGUGACUAAAGGGGGCGCCCUUAGAGUCAUCUUGGUAGAAGAACUAUAUCUCGGUUUUUACUACAAGCUUGUUUAUAAAUGCGGGAGAGACGGGAUGCAGGGUGGGGGUUUAGGCUUCCCUAUCUAGAUUGGCUGCUGCUUUGUUAAUCAUCAGUUGAGGGGGUUAACAGUUAGGGGGGUCGUAGGAUGCAUAUUGUCCCCCUCCCCUGGUUUGAAAAGGCAAUGAUUUAUACCAGGAACCUUAUGCUAAUAAUACAUCCCAGUAUGCUCCUCAACUCAGACAAAAGACUGUACAAGACUCUCCCCCAUCUGUUGUGGUAUAAACUUUUAAAUUUAACGAAACAAAGAUGAUAUGAACUACCGACAUAUUAAAGGAAGCUUCCAAAGCACUUGUUAGAUAGUUGUUUAUUACAAUCGAGAAGAGGUUUUAUUAGCGUUGGGGUAAUUUACAACGACGUGAAGAUGGAUCAACUAGUCAGUCAUUACAACCUUUCAAAUCACAGCUUUGCUUGUUUAAAACACAAUGCAACGCUUUAUCAAAGUAAUCUGUUCUUGAAACCUGUCAAUAUUUCUUUUGUUUGGGUUAAUUAGACGCUUAAAUGAAACUAAAAAGUACAACCAUAUUCAACUCGUAGCGCAUUGUGAAAGCAUCCAUACUGUUAUUAACAUGGAAUAUCAUAGAAACUAUAAAAGGUCCAAAAAAGCGACUGGUAUUUUGAAAAAACGCUUAGUACCAGUUCCAGCACCCACACCGGAAAUUGUGGUGAAAAAAGUAAGUCAAGAAGUUUGUUGAGGGUAAAAUGUAAAUUACUCGAGUAGAGUCGAUUAAGGGUAGCCAAGUGCUCAUCAUGACACUCAACGUCAUUCACUUGAUGGCACAGAUUACUGAAUUGUAUUCCAAUGUUCGAGUAGUUGGCUUGGCUCCUUUGCCAUGUUUGUGUAUGUUUUCCAAACACAGUGCAUGUACUGAGAGACCUCGGCGACGUGAGAGAGGACAGUAGUUACUCCUUUGUGAGGUAGAUGUGGACAGAAGCUGGGGGAAUCACAACGGUUUUAUAAGUUUAUUAUGAUACUUAACUCACCUGAUGACAGUGCUACAUCCCUCUUUGGGAAAAAAACAUCCCUAAACUUAGGGCUGAAGUUGAGCACAAGCCUUUGAAAUGUCAACGGAAUCUUGCAAACGAUAGGCUCUUCAGUCAUCACAUUCCCCUUGAAACCUUCCUUCAACUUGUUCAGCAUGUUUCCAUAUUAAUUCAGUUCAUCAGCUUCUCUUGAUCACUUUCCUUUGCACGUUUUGAAUCCUAAAAUCAGAACUGGUGUAAAUUACUAGUAAGCGAUGUUUAUAUUUUUCGGUCGCUUUCCAUCAGGAAUUAGAAAGUCUUCGGGUGUUGCCA